CGUCAGAUGUUACGAGGAGUAGGCUUCUUGACUACCACCAUAAGUGGGAAUUGCGCCAACAAACUAAUCAAACUCAACCGCCAGCUUAUAAAACUCACUCGUUCCGAGCAAUAUGCUGGCGCCCUCCUACUAUUCAGCCAAAUUAAUUCGUCCCCACAUCUCAGACCUGACCAUUACACCCUCUCCGCCGCCCUCACAGCCUGCGCCAACCUCCGGGACAGGAGCACUGGCAACCAGCUCCAUGCUAAUGCCAUUCGGGCCGGGCUCAUUUUCUUUCCUCACGUUUCAAAUACUCUUCUUUUGGUUUAUGCAAAAUCACAAGACUUGAGUUCAGUGAAAAGGGUUUUUAAUGAAAUUGAAAGCCCAGAUGAUUAUUCAUGGACAACAUUGUUAUCUGCGUGUGCAAAGCUCGGGGACGUUGAAUAUGCUUGUCAGAUGUUUGAUAAAAUGCCACAACGAAAUGUUGCUGUUUGGAAUGCGAUGAUCACAGGGUGUGCAGAAAAUGGGUCUGAUGAGAUUGCAUUCAGAUUGUUCCAGAAGAUGCAUUCUUUGGGUGUUGGACGUGAUAAUUAUAGUUUGGCUAGUGUUUUGAGUCUUUGUUCUUUGGAGUUGUUGGACUUUGGAUUGCAAGUGCAUUCUUUGGUUAUCAAGUCUGGACUUCUAGCUAAAACUUCGGUGAUUAAUGCUUUGCUUACAAUGUAUUUUGCAUGCGGAAGGAUUGGUGAUGCUCAUGGAGUUUUUGAAGAAGAAAAAGGUAUUGUGCAUGAUCAGAUAACUUAUAAUGCAAUGAUAGCUGGUCUAGUCAGCAUGGAAAGAAAGGAGGAUGCAUUUCUAAUGUUUAAGAAUAUGCAAAGUGCUGGUCUAUGGCCUACAGAGUUGAGUUUUGUUAGUAUAAUGAGUUCCUCUUAUUGUUUAAGGGAUGCUAUUCAAGUGCAUGCACAAGCGAUAAAGAUGAGUUUUGAAGAUUGUACUUCUGUGAGUAAUGCAGCAAUAACAAUGUAUAGUAACUGUGGGAACUUAAAUGCAGCUCGUGUGGUUUUUGAGAGACUAAUAGAGAAAGAUAAUGUGUCGUGGAACACCAUGAUAACAAGCUAUGCUAAUGAGAAUUUGGGCAGAGAGGCUAUCUUAGUCUAUUCUCAUAUGCAGAGAGAAGGGGCGAAACCAGAUGAGUUCACAAUUGGAAGCUUACUAGUAAGCUCAGAGUCAGUAGUGAAUGUUGAGAUGAUUCAUGCUGCUGUUGUGAAAAACGCUCUACUUUUGAAAGUCGAAGUUUCCAAUGCGUUGCUUUCAGCAUUUUCCAGGCAUGGUUACAUUAACCAGGCCUACAGAUUAUUCUAUACAAUGAACACCAAAAAUUUGAUAUCCUGGAAUACUUUAAUAUCCGGGUAUCAAUUGAAUGGAUUUCCUGUCCAGGGUUUGGAGCAAUUUUCAGUGCUUGUGUUGUCAGGAUUUAUUCCUAACAUUUUUACUCUCAGCAUUGUUCUGAACAUCUGUGCCAGCAUUUCAGCUCUGCGGCAUGGAAAACAGGUGCACGCCUACACACUCAAAGUUCAUUAUUCUUUGGAGACAUCUUUGAAUAAUGCUUUCAUUACUCUUUAUGCAAAGUGUGGUGAUUUGUGUUCUUCUUUGAGGAUCUUCCAUAAAAUGACUUCAAAAGACACAGUUUCAUGGAAUUCCAUGAUAUCUGCAUAUGCACAAAAUGGAGAAGGUAGGGAAGGUGUCCGUUGCUUUGAGCUGAUGCAAGAUUCUGACACUAAACCUGAUGAGGCUACCUUUACUGCAGUUCUUUCAGCUUGUAGCCAUUCAGGUUUAGUCAAUGAUGGCUGCCGAAUUUUUAACUCCAUGGUCAGUACUUAUGGUAUUGAACCAGAUGUAGACCACUUCUCUUGCCUCAUUGACAUUCUAGGUCGAGCAGGUUACCUUGAUGAGACCGAAAGAUUAAUAAGCAGCAAGCAUGUUGACAUAAAUUCAGGUGUCUGGUGGACAUUAUUUAGUUCCUGUGCAGCUCAUGGUAACUUGAGAUUAGGAAGAGUAGUUGCUGGCUUCUUGCUUCAAACUGAAAAGCAUGAUCCUGCAGUUUAUGUGCUUCUAUCAAAAAUCUAUGCAGAUGCAGGAAAAUGGACAGAGUCUGCUGAUGUGCGGGAAUUGAUUAAGAAAUUGGGAGUGAUGAAGCAACCUGGAAGAAGUUGGAUCAGAUCAUAGGACUAAAAGAUUGGUCACGUUGGCAUGAUUGCCAUGAUAUAUUUGAAAGCAAGUAUGAGACGUGCAGUAAAUGUGAAGCACUUAAAACUUUGGACAUCAUGGCCUCGUAGCUCGAAGAAGUCCGUGCCAAAUCCAUGUGCUUGAAACGCAGACGCUAGCUUGAAAACUCGAGAGGCAACCUUUGACUAGUUUUCGAGUUACCUCAUUCUCCUAUGUCUUGACUAAUCAUAAUUAACCUGAGGAAAGCUCUGUUUUCGCUGUUUGUGUAGUGCAUUCCUAUAAAAGGCUACAAAGGAAAUCAAUGGCCAAGGCAGAACAAAUUGGAAUCAUAACUUCUAUUUUUUACUA